AUGAUUCGCAGCCGAGAGUUCAUAAAAUCGUACUUGAUCAAGUCUUCUACUCGUCCCAAAAGCCUCAUAAUCUCAUUCAAGGAGUAUAAACAUUGGGCGUUGGCGAGGGAAAAGCAAUACUUUUUCUCAGCCAGUCAACCUCAAAAUCAAGGUGAAUCAUCGUCAUCCUCUUCAGCAACUUACCAUUUGAGUUACCAACAUCUACCGCACACAACUUAUGCUGCUUCUGUUCAUGGUUUGAUAUGCCAUGGAAGUCCUUCUUUGAUUGAGAUAUAUAACCCUAGCACUAGAAAGUCCACUACUUUGCCUAAGGUCGAUUAUGAGAGUCUCCCGUGUUACAGUUACUUGGGUUAUGAUCCCAUCUAUGGUGAUUACAAAGUGUUGUGUAGGGUGAAAGUGUUGGAAGUUGAUCCUUUGCUCAAUAAGGAACAAGAGACAGUGAAGGAAGAAGAGGCUGAGGUGAUUAGGAACAGAGAGAUUCAGAAGAUGUAG